AUGGGUUCCAACGCCUCAAAACCCGUCCAAGCAGCCGCCGGCGCCGCAAAGCGCCAAUAUCCUAAAAAGGCAGCUCCACCGCCGAGAUUACCAAAAGCUCCCCGCGAUUCCCAAGCAUCGCGACAACAAUAUCCCCAACCGCCGCAACCACCUACACCUGCACCUCCUCCCCCAACUCCGAAACCAGGUCCAGCGCAAACACCAGCUCCUCCAUCCGCACCGCAGGGACCUCAAUAUCACUCGAAAGAGCAAGCCUCGCGCACAAAAUCUACCGCAAUCGACCUAGACGGCCAAGACCCCGACUUCGCCGCCUCACUCCGCUCAAUCGGCCCCGUCGACCCAACACACGGAUUCCCAACCGCAAACCGCAGCUCAAUGCAAACCGUCUUCCCCUCCGCACCAACUGCCGCAUGGUUAGUUCACACGGCGCGUCAGCGAGCUUCUAAGAUCGCGGAUGAGGAGGCUGCCCGUAUGAGGAUGGGUCAUCAUGGUGAUCGGUCGUUGGCAGAUGCUUUUCUGAUACAGCAGGCGUUGCAGAUGCGGGAUGUACAGAAUUUGCCGGCUGAUGAGAUUGAGUCUAUUAUGGGGUUGAAGGGGGGGUUUAUCGAUAAGUUGGGGGAGAAGGGGAUUGUUUCUAAGAUUGGUGCUUAG